UUCAGAUCAGUCUGUGUUUACAGUAGUCCCUCUUUUUGUUGGAGAAUGUCAGUGCAGCUAUCAACUGGGGCCAUAGACAACUUCGCCCAUGGAGUCAAGUACAAGGAGGGAUCCACCCCUGUCACCCUCCAGAUCCUCAACUCGAAGAAGAUGGUGACAGGGGGCAACGAGAGGUUCCGCAUCCUCAUCUCAGACGGAGUGCACUCUCUCAAUGCGGCCAUGUUGUCGCCCUCCCUCAACCACGUUGUGGAACUGCAGCAGCAGAACUGCGUGUUCACCUCAAACAAAUACAACAUCAACACUGUCGCCGGCGACAGGAAGAUUGUGGUGUUCAUGGACGCCCAGGUGGUGAAGGAAGGACAUGAUUGCGAGAGAAUAGGAAGACCUACCACCUGGACCAGGGCGCCAGAAGACAACACGAACACAACGAACUCUACACCGAGCAACGUAAUCAGAAGCGGUGCAGCAGCUGUAGUUUCAGCAUCCCCGCAACACUCCACCCUCGGAGGAGGAGGCGGCGGCAGAGUGUUCUCGGCUAACCCGACCACGCCCCUUGCCAACAGGACUGGUGCUCUGCAGCUGAACUCGCCCAAGACCCCGGGAGGAGGGGGGAGCAGUCACCCGAUUGUGGGUCUGAAUCCCUAUCAGAACAAGUGGGUCAUCAAGGCUAGGUGUAUGAACAAAGGAUCCAUCAGGAACUACAACAACGCCAAGGGACCCGGCAAGCUGUUCAAUUUCGAGGUGGCAGACAGUUCGGGCGAGAUCAGAAUCACUGGCUUCAAUGACCAGGUGGACAAGUUCUACGACAUGAUAGAGCCAGAGAAGGUCUACCUCAUAACCGGCUGUUCAGUCAAGGCCGCAAACAAACAGUACAACAAGACAGGCCACGACUACGAACUGACUCUGACAAACGGGACGCUGAUUGAGCCGAUGGCUGAUGACGGGGAGGCGCCGAAGCUGAGCUACAACUUCCAGACCAUAGACAGGCUGUUGGAGACGGAGCCGAACUCAGUUGUGGAUGUCAUCGGCAUCGUGCAGUCGUGCGAGGACUGUCAGGAGGUGACCUCGUCCAAGACGCAGAAGAGUUUCGUGAAGAGGGAGUUGAAUUUACUGGACAGGAGUGAGAAAGCAGUCCGCAUCACCCUGUGGGGUGGAGAGGCGGAGAAGUUUGUGCUGGAUGAGAACAACCCCAAUCCAGUUAUGGCCAUCAAGGGUGCAGUGGUGAAGGACUUUGGAGGCCGUUCUCUGUCGAUGGGUGUGUCUAGCAGCUUCAUCGUCAAUCCAGACAUCCCGGAGGCCCACCAACUCAGCGGCUGGUUCUCAGAGGCUGCAUCUACACUCAAGGUGGAGAGUGUGUCCAACAUGGCCGGGGGUAUGAUGGGGGGCAGUUCACAGCUCAUGUCCAUCGAGGAUGCCAGGGAGGCCAGACUGGGCAUGGGUGGGGACAAGGCAGACUACUACACCACCAAGGCCACUUUCGUCUUCUUCAAGAAGGACGGAAACAAUGUACUAUACCCAGGCUGCAAGACGUGCAGGAAGAAGUUGGUGGAUGAGGGCAAUGGGUUCUACAGGUGUGAGAAGUGUGUCUCCUCUUCCCAGGAGUUCAACUGGCACUCGGUCGUGUCCGCCAACAUCGCCGACCACUCCGACAACCUGUGGGUCACUCUUUUCAACGAGUCUGCGGAACUGGUGUUGGCAACUGACAUCAACGAGUUGGGGAGACUGAAGCAGCUAGAGAACGAAGGGACAGACGAGAGUGCCUCAACACAGUACAACAAAGUGUUCUCAGAGGCCAACUUCAAGUCUUACCUCUUCAAGAUCAGAGUCAAAAUGGAGAGCUACAAUGACGAGACAAGACUCAAGAGCUCAGUAGUCCAGGUGUCGCAUGUGAAUCCAGUGGACCACGCCCAUAAUCUGCUCAAGGAAAUCGAAAAACUCUCGCUGAGAAAAUAACUGUCCCAAUGUAAACUUUGAACUUUGCUUGACGGCUUCGUCUCCUUUUUCCCACACGAGAUGCAAUAAAUGCGAAAGAAUGCUCGGCGAAAUUAUUUAUUAGUUUGCGUUCUGGCAUUAAUUGAGCUUCAUUUUGCGAAUUCAUUUACUGGAGGAAUGCAAUAAGUGAAAUUUUGACUUGAGAGGAGAAAAGGCGAACGAGCUCCAAAUUGAUUCUGACUUUUUGAUGUUACUUGUUUGAAAUUGAAAUUAACUUAAUGUGAGAUGGUCGCUUUUGUAACAGUGUCAUUUAUUUAUUCAGCUGAUAGUGCUAAGUCUUAAUGUUACCUGGCUAAUAUAGUGAGAUUUACAGUUGAUUUAUUUGUGCAAUUCAAUUCAUCUUGCGAGUCUUUGAUGGAAACUAAGAAAAAACUACUCGAA